UCCAAGUCUCGGAUUCUUGCUUCUCUUCUUUAUUUUUCUGCAACCAUUUAUCGUCUUUGCUUCUCUUCGAUCUGAAUCGAAAUCUCUCAUUUUUUUCCUAUCAAAGAAAAAAAAAGAAAUCUCUCUAGAGUCUGUCAUGGGUCGGCGCAUCCAAAGAUUUCCAGGUAUCUGAUACUUAUUGAAAGACUUCCCCAUAAAUCUUGUCACCGCAAUUGACUAAGGAAUGUAAGCGUGCAAUUGGAAACUGGUCGUAGAAGGUAGUGAGUUUUAGAUUCCUUUCCUAGUUUGGUCUGGUUUAGAUGAAAUUAUUUAUCUGUAUAAUGUAUAUAUGGGUGUGCUCAGAGAAGUAAGUUCUGCAUAUGCUGCCCUGUACAGAAAUUUUGGCAACACAAUUGACAAAGGAAUGUAAGCGUGCAAUUGAUGGAAACUCGUUUUUGAAGACCUAAAACUACCCUCUGAAGUCACAUCUGAAGGAGGAGAAGCAACCUGUCAAAGUCAAUUUAAUCUUGCAACAUCAGAAAGAUGGGGCCAGACCUAUCUGGUCAACGGUAUAUUUUGUUUGGUGAAUACACUAUUUUGUUCUGUUUGUAUAUAUAACCCCAGCACCAGAGAAAGAACACCUUGGAUCACAUCCAUGAUAAAACAACAACAGCCACAACUAGAAGCAGAAGGGAGAGUUCAUUGUCUGGAUGAUGUAAGAUUGGCGAAUCUUGGUUGGUUCCAAUUUGGAUAUGAUCCUGCAACCAAGGAACACAAAGUGAUUGCCCUUUGGAGUAAACGUAUAAAGGCUGGUCCCUCUAUUCGUUUUGAAUUCCUUUGUGAGGUCUUGACUGUGGGUAGACAAAACAAUUCAUGGAGGAAGAUUGAUGAUGUUCCACCAGCCAGUCCGACCAAUUUUACUAGCUCUGCUUAUGCCAAUGGUUCUAUCUAUUGGUUGAAUCGUGGCCUUGGCUUCAAGAAGGACCAUGAACCAUGUAUUGUGGAAUUUAACUUUGGGUCUGAAAAAUUUAGAACAAUACAACUUCCUAGUUUCAUCAUCGAAGAUGUUCGUUACCCCUACAAGACUGCCCUAAUGGAAUUGGAUGGUCGUUUGGCCCUGUUACCUAUGAAGAUAAAGUCUUGUCACGGUAGUUCUGAUACUAAUUUCACAUCAUUGAAGAGGUGCAUACUGUGCACCGAUGACGACGAUGAUGAUGAUGAUGACCAAGACGCAAUGUCCAGCAGCAGCAGCGACAGCGGUAGUAGUGUUGGCAAUUACUAUUGGAUGGAAGAGACCUUCUCACUGCCACCUUUUGAUUGGAAACCAGGUAUUCCUGAGUUUAUUCGACCCAUUCCAGGGACAAACCUCUUAAUCAUAAGACACUCAAGCGAUCCGUCCUUUUAUUAUUACAAUUGGAAGAGGAAGAGUUUUAGCUGCAGCAAGUGCGAAAUGAUCCGAAUCCACGCAUUCUUGAUUCCUCCUUGCGAUAUGAUUGGAAAAUAUUCACCCAUCAGGUUUGGGUUUUAUGCUUUUGCUGAAAACCUCUCUCCUGUAAAUUAAGUUGCGUAAAUCGUCUGUCAAGUUUGGGUUUUAAACUUUUUCCUGUGUUCUGGAGUUUUUAGUUUGCUCGUGUGUGGGUAAAGUUAGCCGUCAACGUGUACGUAUGUUUAUUCUUUGCAGCAUGUUUAUUUGUUGAGUCUGGUUCGAAGUAGCAGUAACAGUUCUCCGCUGUAAGAUUAUCACAGGGCAUUUUAGUUGUUUUA